AUGUCCGCUGAGGCUAAUGGCUACAUUACCUAUCUUGAGACAUGUAAGAGAUUUCACCGGGAUUCCACAUUUUACCUGGAGCGGCUCGUGAAUUUCAUCAAGCAGCCGCAAGAGGCUAGCGAGAGAGAGAUUUCGUGCAUCGAAUUUGAUCCUAGCCAGCUGAAUGAAGGUCCAAAGAGCAUCGAUAUCGAUAAACCAAAGCAAGGUUGCCGCGUUGUAUGCGUGUCAGGUUUCCCCUCCCCUGCUACGAUCAGCCACCUCGGAAAGAAGUUCUUUCCACGUCCAGAACUCUUAUUGGGCCAUCUGGAACUCGAGCGAACAGUCAUUCAAAAGCCCACUUCUUUCGAACUUCCUGCACUCCCCUCUCGACGCGACAAUAUUGUGCAUAUUCGAUUCAUACGACUCUUCCGAACUGGUAAGCGAAAAGCAUCGCUUGGAAGUGACUUUGAAGAGCUUUCCCAGGAAAGGCAAAAUGCCAUCAAGAUGACUCUAGAGUAUGAAAAGAUUUUAAUGGACAAACGACUCUUCGGGGCGACGAGAUUUCGGAAGGUGAACGUACAUUCUUUCGAAUACUUCAGCGUCGAGCAAUUGGUGUCCUUCAGCGUCGCGGAAGUCGCGAAUGGAUUUUGGACAGGAAUAUACUUGAUCGAUCGCGGCAAAGGCGUACAAAUACGUCCUGAUGUCGAACUGCCGUGGUGUAAAUACUUAGUGGACGAGGAUCAACAGCCUGAAGUCCUGCUAGUGGUGGAUUACAAUGAUCUCGACGGCAAUUCAUUCCUCGAUAUCCCUGGAGAACUUGACCAGAUCCCGGAAACCUAUCUCAUACAUCCGCACCACCCUCUCCUUGCUUGCUUUCGCACCCAAGACCAGGAUCUGUUAGGAAAAUAUCCAUUCGUGAUAUGUGCACGGACACUGGCGGUGGCCGCAGCGUCUUGGAAUCAGUUGCUGAACUAUCUAGAGGCUGAUAUUGAUAAUUGCCAACGCGUCAAGCCAAAAAAAUUCCAGGGCGGAUUGGCACAGCUUCAGUACAAUAUCAGCCUGAUCAAGAACUUCCAAGGCGCCAUUUCCGACAACCGGAACACUACCGACGAUAAGGGAAGUGCAGGAUGGCCCUGGCCUGACAAGUCCCAUUCAAACAAAGAAUGGUUGCGAAUGGAGAAGAUUCGAAAGGAUUUACUGCGAGAUUACGAUGAGCUCAGCGUGCGCUGCCAGAGUCUGCUGCGUCGGUGCGAAGCAGCGAGUGGCCUACUCAUCAAUCGGAUCAGCAUCGAGGAAGCUCGCCGGUCAGUCGAUCAGGCAGAGCUGGUCAGUAGAUUCACUCGGCUGGCCUUCUUCUUCAUACCACUCUCGUUCGUGGCAAGUGUCUUUGGAAUGAACGUAUCGGAAAUUCAGGGAAACUUCCCAUCGAUAUGGACCUUUUUCCUGGUCGCAACGAUCAUCUCCAUGGCUUCGCUGAUUCUCGCGAUGACAUCCACACAGCGGACUUCCUGGAUCGACUUGGUCAGGAAAUGGGUCCUCGGAUUUGUCGGCACCGAUUCAACCAGGAUGCCAUAG